GCCCCGCCCCCUCUCUCCGUGCUCCCCCCCGCUCAAAACGCCAGCGGUGGCGGCGGAGCCCGGUUCUGUCCGUGCGGGCGGCGGCGCCUCCCGGGGCUCGGCGACAUGGAGUGCGCUGCGGCGGGAGCCGAGUUCAACAUCCUCCUCGCCACCGACUCCUACAAGGUUACACACUACAAGCAAUAUCCACCGAACACAAGCAAAGUAUAUUCCUACUUUGAAUGUCGUGAAAAGAAGACUGAAAAUUCCAAAUUAAAGAAAGUGAAAUAUGAAGAAACAGUUUUUUAUGGCUUGCAGUACAUUCUGAAUAAAUAUUUAAAAGGUAAAGUGGUGACCAAAGAGAAAAUCAAGGAAGCCAAAGAAGUAUAUAGGGAGCAUUUUCAAGAUGAUGUCUUCAAUGAAAAGGGAUGGAACUAUAUUCUAGAGAAAUAUGAUGGCCAUCUUCCCAUAGAAAUAAAGGCUGUACCUGAGGGCUCUGUAAUUCCAAGAGGAAAUGUUCUUUUCACAGUAGAAAACACAGAUCCAGAGUGCUACUGGCUCACAAAUUGGAUUGAGACAAUUCUUGUGCAGUCAUGGUACCCAAUCACAGUGGCUACAAACUCUAGAGAGCAGAAAAAGAUUUUGGCCAAAUAUUUGCUGGAAACUUCAGGCAGCUUGGAAGGACUGGAAUAUAAACUGCAUGACUUUGGCUACAGAGGAGUUUCUUCACAAGAGACUGCAGGAAUAGGAGCUUCAGCUCACUUGGUGAACUUCAAAGGAACAGACACUGUAGCAGGAAUUGCAUUAAUUAAAAAAUACUAUGGUACAAAAGAUCCAGUUCCAGGAUACUCUGUUCCAGCUGCUGAACACAGUACCAUAACAGCUUGGGGGAAAGAUCAUGAAAAAGAUGCUUUUGAACACAUAGUAACACAGUUUUCUUCAGUGCCUGUAUCUGUGGUUAGUGACAGCUAUGACAUUUACAAUGCUUGUGAAAAAAUAUGGGGUGAUGACCUAAGGCAUAUAAUUGAAGCCCGAAGUCCAGAGGCACCACUUAUUAUUAGACCAGAUUCUGGGAAUCCCCUUGACACUGUUCUAAAGGUCUUGGAGAUCUUGGGGAAGAGGUUUCCCAUUACAGAGAAUUCAAAAGGCUAUAAGUUGUUGCCGCCGUAUCUCAGAGUUAUUCAAGGGGAUGGUGUGGAUAUCAACACAUUGCAAGAGAUUGUGGAAGGAAUGAAGAAGAAUAAAUGGAGUAUUGAGAAUAUUGCCUUUGGAUCUGGUGGAGCUUUGUUGCAGAAACUAACCAGAGACCUCUUAAACUGUUCCUUCAAAUGUAGUUACGUGGUGACCAACGGCCUUGGGAUAAAUGUCUUCAAAGAUCCUGUAGCCGAUCCCAACAAAAGGUCAAAGAAAGGACGGCUGUCGUUGCAUAGGACGCCUGCUGGGGAGUAUGUGACACUGGAGGAGGGCAAGGGAGAUCUUGAAGAGUAUGGACAGGACCUGCUUCACACUGUAUUUAAGAAUGGAAAGGUAACAAAGUCAUAUUCAUUUGAUGAAGUCAGACAGAAUGCCAGGCUGAAGAACAGUGAAUUACAAACAGCAUCUCACUGAGUUCCAUUCCAUGUCUGUGUAUGUGUGUGUAACUAGUUCGUACUGCAUAGCUACUGGUUUAUUGUACAGAUUUGUGUGUUUGUGUUUUAUGACAUUGUAGCCAAAUUAUUUGUUGGUUUAUGGACAUACUGCCCUAUCUUUUGCCAGUCUUUAGAAGAUGAAAUCAGGAAAUGGUACUUACCUUGUAAAACAUAUUUAAUGCUGAAGUGUGCUUUUUAGGGCCCUUUGCCAGUAGUGAUUCAAUCUGGUAUUGAUCUUUUCACAAAUGAGACAGAGCUGCGAAACUUUUUUAUAUAUAACAGAAUAUCACAAAAUGGAUUUACAUAAAAUUAUCAUGAUUGCUUUAUGUUUAUAUUUAACUUGUAUUUUUGUACAAACAAGAUUGUGUAAAAUAUAUUUAAAGUUUCAAUAAUUAAGUCUUUCCAACUUUUCAUAAUUUUUAUGAGCACAGACUUUCAAGAAAAUAUUCAGUGGGGGGGGAAUCCAUUGCCUUUUGUCCAUUAAUCAGCAAAUAAAACAUGGCCUUAAAAGUUUGUUGUGACAUUGUUCCAUUUGACAACUAAAUCAGGACUCGUAUCUCCUUAAGAUCCCAUAGAGUUGCUGACCUCACCAUUUCUUGUAGUUGUCUGUAUUAGUAAAUCUGCAUUAAACAAAAUUACUGUUCUUUCUAGAAGGUUUAGGUAUUACUGACCUUGCUGGCACAGUAAGGUAUGUAAGUGAAAUGCCAAAUUUGAAAGGAUUCUCUACUGCAACUUAAUUUGCCAAGUCUAUCCCACUUGGUAUAUGCACCUCAAUAUUUUAAGAGUAAAGUUUUUAAGAGAUCUCCUCUUCCACUAUAGAAUAUAUGUGUAAAAUACUGAGAUACGGAAGCGGUGUAUUUUAAAGUAAUUACACUUCUGGGUUUAUUUUUCAUAUACUGUAAGUGACAUGAAUUUAAAGCAAAAUACUGGACUGGGUAGUGCACUUUUUUACUUUUUUGUAUUUUUUUCAUUGAUUUGCCUUUUGUCAGACUGGAUGUUAAAUUGUAAAAAUGUUUAACUAUUUUUGUUAACAACUUUAAUAAAACUAUGCUAGCCAAACUCCUACAUGAAUGGCAGACCUGUUUCCCCUCCUCACCCCAUGUGUUUGGGGUGAGGAGGGGCUUUUAUUUUGCAGAGGGUAACUGUAAAACAAUGUGUUUGAGAGAUACUUUUGAACUGUCUGCACUUGAUUGUAUUUGCUCUCUGCAUAUGCUUGAUAUAAGUAUCUGCUGGAAAAUGAAACUGUUGAGGAUUUUAUUUGAGAAGCUAUGUAGUAACCUCUGAAAUAUUUGAUAGUACUGUAGGAUGGCUCUCACUAGAAAAGUACCUCCCUUACUUAAAGACAAAAAAACAACAGCAAAAGCAAACAGUUCCUGUUCUGCUGGUGAUCAGCUAUCAGCCAAUUGCUUAAUAUACUGAUGUAAUUAAUGCUUCUAAUUAGUAGAUGAUGUUACUGGAAAAUGUUAAGGCCUAAGAUAAUUUAAGCCUACAAAAUUUUAUAAAACAUGCUUUUAAAGGAAGAUUGAAAAGCCAUACUUCAUUGUUCUUACUCUCUCACCAAAAAGGGCCACAUCAAGGCAUCCGUAAUAUUUCCAGGGUUUGUGGUUAAGAUGUUUAUGCCCAGUCUCAAUAGUUCUUGUUAAUAAAAACCUGUUUUUCACUUGUAGUGUAUGUAAUUAUACAUUUAAGUGAUGUAUUGUUUCAAGAAUAGUGUUUUAGUAAAACUAAAUGCUGACCUGUCACACUGAGGAACUGCCUUCCCUUAGCUAUUAAUUAUAUUGUUUGGUUUUGGCCCGGAAAGAUUUUGAAUCUGGCCUUAGGAUCAGUAGCAGGUAAAUAGUACAGAGCCUAUUUCACUCCUCCAUAUGUGUACUAGGGAAUUUUAUGAUGUAUGGUUUAAAAAACAAUAAAGUAAAUGCUGCUUUCAUUCUGUACCAAUAAAAAUUUUGAUAACUA